ACACACACAUACUCCUUUGUUCUUGUUGUGGUGUGGGAGGUGUCUUUAAAGCUGUGCGAAGUGGCUGUGCGUCCCCAGAGUACUGAAAGAGUGUAAGAGGACGCACCUGUGUCUGUGUGUGUUCCAGAGAUGUUCUUGUCUGUGUGUGUUCUGUGCUUGCUGGUCGUGGCUCCGGUUCUAGGCGCUCCUGCUAACGACCCGUGUUCCAGACCCCGCAAUAAGCUCCUGUUCAUCUCGUUUGAUGGAUUUCGAUGGGAUUACGACCGCGACGUGGACACCCCGCAUCUGGACAGCAUGGCGGACGACGGGGUGAAGGCUGCCUAUGUGACGCCCCCUUACCUGACCCUCACUAGCCCCACACACUUCACCCUACUCACAGGCCGUUAUAUCGAGAACCAUGGUGUGAUCCAUAACAUGUGGUUCAACGUCAGCACCCAGGAGAAGAAACAGUACUACCAGAGCCAAUUUGUGGACGGCUACUGGGACAACGGCAGCUUGCCUAUCUGGAUCACAGCUCAGAGACAGGGUUUGAAGGCGGGGUCUCUACACUUCCCCGGGACGGCGGCUACGUACCAGAAUGAGACAGUGGGGGUCCGGCAGGUGGAGCCCUUCAUGUACGACCACAGCAACGAGACGGACUGGCGUCUCAACAUUGACAAGGUGAUCGGCGACUGGUUCGUCCAGCAGGACCUGGACCUGGUCACGCUGUACUUCGGCGAACCCGACAAGACCGGUCACAAGUACGGGCCGGACACGCCGGAGCGGCGUGAGACCGUGCGGCAGGUGGACCGCACCGUGGGCUACAUCCGGCAGGCGGUCCAAUCCCGCGGCGUCGCCGAGCGUCUCAACAUCAUCAUCACGGCCGACCACGGGAUGACCACGAUCCGGCGCGGCCCAGGGGUCAACGAGAUCAUCCUGACCGACAUCCCCGGGUUCUCGCUCGGCGACAUCAAGUUCCACCUGGUGGACUACGGUCCCACUGGCAUGCUGCUGCCCAAGGACGGCAUGCUGGAGAAGGUGUACAGCGCGCUGAAGGGCGGUCACCCCAACCUCCACGUCUACAAGAAGGAGGACAUGCCCGAGAGGCUGCACUACGCCAAACACCCCCGCAUCCUUCCCCUCAUCCUGUUGGCCGCCGGAUACGUCAUCAACGGGUUUUACCCUCUGCAGUUUAAUAAGGGUGAGCACGGCUUCGAUAACGAGGUGAUGGACAUGAAGCCGUUCUUCCGCGCCGUGGGGCCAGACUUCCACCGCGGGCUGCAGGUGGGGGGGUUCGAGACGGUCAACAUCUACCCGCUCAUGUGCCACAUCCUGGGCAUCAACCCGGAGAUCAACGACGGCUCGCUGGACGUCACACGCCACAUGCUCGUACACAGUGGCAGAGUGUGUGAGACCACAGAAGACUCAUCAUCAUCAUUGAUCAUUGGCCUCUCGGUGCUUGUGGGGAUCCUUGUCUUGGCCUUUGUAGUCAUGACAACCUGGUACAAGUGCAAGAGGGACAGAGAAAGUCACAGUUCUGAAGAACACACAGAGAUGAAGGGAAAACAUACCAACUUCUAAGCUUGUUGAAGUCCCAAAACACACACACACACACACACACACACAUAAAAGGACUGGCACAACAGAGUCACAGUUCCGACGGCUGCAUCAGUAUGUAACCAUCUGACACCUGCACGGCCCUUUUGUCCUAAAGCAGAAUGGGAAAGUUUCAUUACAGUUUUUCUCAAUUGCUUUUUCCUGCUUGAGUAAACUGGAAUCCACUUGGUCUUCAUGACUACUCUCUUUGCACAGCAGAAGUCAUCUCUUGCGAAUGUGUUCACACAUUUUCAUUGGGUUCACACAUUUCUCA